GGCCAGGAAAGCGUUAACCUUCCCUGCAAUGCUGCGUCCCAGCUCACGGUGGAGCUGCCUUCCUCUCUUCCACCCGCAACUUCCAAUUCACUCCAAACAACUCCGGGACAGAAUUGCAGAGAAAAAGCUGGAGAUUCAGACUAGACUUGUUGAUCUCCGUUCCGAGGCAGCAGAAGGAAGUACCGGAGCUUCCCUUUGUGUCUGCACGGAGAGAGGUCUGGCGAGGGGGGGGGCGGGGGCAGAUGCGGCUUCGGCGUUGACUGUAGGCAGGAGUGAGGAGCCGCAGCCGAGGGAAGGCCUUGGAAAGCUUCCUGCCGAGGGAUCCGACUUACCUCGUUUCCCUUCCCCUCCCCCCGGGCUCCGUGGACAGCCGGGAGCACGGCCGCCAUCCCUCCGCCUUGAGGCUGCCCGCGGGGGGAUGCGAGCGGGGCCGCCCCUGCCGCCCGCCCCGCCGCAGGAUGUAGCCGCCCUCGGCCCCGCACAGCCCCGCACCGCCUCGCUGGGAGCCCGCAGGAGGAGGUAGGUGCGGGCCGAGGGAGAGGAGCCUUUCCCCGUGUGCAGCGACGGCCUGGAGCUCUGGGGCAUGGAGGGGAAGGAGAGGUGAGGAGAGCCGGCCCCCGCACGCCCUGCCCCACGCCGCACCUUGGAGCGUCCAGCCUGAGGGGGACCAGCGAUGCCUCUGGGGAUGAAUAAGCAUGGAUCUCGCUCUACUACCUCUUUGCCUCCGGACCCCACGGAGAUCGUCAGGAGCAAGGCCUGCUCCCGAAGGGUCAAGCUCAAUGUGGGGGGGCUGGCCCACGAGGUUCUUUGGCGGACUUUGGACAGGUUGCCACGGACCAGGCUGGGUAAGCUCAGAGACUGCAACACACACGACUCCCUCAUGGAGAUCUGUGAUGACUACAACCUGGAGGAGAACGAGUACUUCUUUGACAGGCAUCCCGGGGCAUUCACCUCAAUCUUGAACUUCUACCGUACUGGCAAGCUGCACAUGAUGGAGGAGAUGUGCGCCUUGUCUUUCAGCCAGGAGCUGGACUACUGGGGGGUGGAUGAGAUCUACCUGGAGUCCUGCUGCCAGGCCCGCUACCACCAGAAGAAGGAACAGAUGAAUGAGGAGCUGAAGAGAGAAGCUGAGACACUGAGGGAAAGGGAAGGGGAGGAAUUUGAUAACACUUGCUGUGCUGACAAAAGGAAAAAGCUCUGGGACCUCCUGGAGAAGCCCAACUCCUCCGUAGCGGCCAAGAUUUUGGCAAUCAUUUCCAUCAUGUUUAUUGUACUAUCUACAAUUGCCUUGUCCCUUAACACACUUCCUGAACUACAAGGCAUGGAUGAAUUUGGGCAGACCACAGAUAAUCCCCAACUUGCCCACGUGGAAGCGGUGUGCAUUGCAUGGUUUACAAUGGAAUACCUCUUGCGGUUCCUAUCCUCGCCUAAGAAAUGGAAGUUUUUCAAAGGUCCACUGAAUGCUAUUGACUUGCUAGCUAUAUUACCGUACUAUGUCACUAUCUUCCUCACAGAAUCCAAUAAAAGUGUACUUCAGUUCCAAAACGUACGACGAGUUGUCCAAAUAUUUCGGAUUAUGAGGAUACUCCGGAUUCUAAAGCUUGCCCGGCACUCAACGGGUUUACAGUCCUUGGGGUUUACACUGAGAAGGAGUUACAAUGAGCUUGGAUUACUCAUCUUAUUUUUGGCCAUGGGUAUUAUGAUCUUUUCCAGUUUAGUGUUUUUUGCAGAAAAGGAUGAGGAUGAUACAAAAUUCAAGAGCAUCCCAGCUUCUUUCUGGUGGGCAACAAUCACCAUGACAACAGUAGGCUACGGAGACAUCUACCCCAAAACACUUUUAGGUAAAAUAGUAGGAGGACUGUGCUGCAUUGCUGGAGUGCUGGUGAUUGCUCUUCCCAUCCCAAUUAUUGUCAAUAACUUCUCUGAGUUCUACAAAGAGCAGAAGAGGCAGGAGAAAGCCAUUAAGCGCAGGGAAGCUCUUGAAAGAGCAAAAAGGAAUGGCAGUAUUGUUUCCAUGAACAUGAAGGAUGCAUUUGCCCGUAGUAUAGAACUCAUGGACAUUGUGGUUGAAAAGAAUGGAGAAAGCAUAGCCAAAAAGGAUAAAGUUCAGGACAAUCAUUUAUCUCCCAGCAAAUGGAAAUGGACCAAGAGAACGCUCUCUGAAACUAGCUCUAGUAAAUCUUUUGAAACUAAGGAACAAGGAUCUCCAGAAAAAGCCAGGUCGUCUUCAAGUCCCCAGCACCUGAAUGUCCAACAGCUAGAGGACAUGUAUAACAAAAUGGCAAAGACACAGUCCCAGCCAAACCUUAACACUAAAGAAUCGAGUCAACCUGGAAAGCAAAAGGAAGAGCUAGAAAUGGAAACGCUUCCCGGCCCUAUGGUACCCUUGCUGACAACUCGCACAGAUGGGAUCAUUGACAUGAGGAGUAUGUCCAGCAUUGACAGCUUCAUAAGCUGCGCUGCAGAGUUCCCUGACUCCGGGAGGUUUUCCCACAGCCCCCUCGCUACCCUUCCCUGCAAAGGUGGCAUUAACGUGAUUCAGGAGCAGAGCAGGCCAGAGGGGAGUAGUGCCAGAUUUGUGGAAAUGAACCCAAGCUCCGAAGGCAGCCACCAUUCUGCUUUUUUCAUAGAAAGUCCCAAAAGCUCCAUAAAGGCCAGUAACCCUUUAAAACUAAGAUCUCUGAAAGUCAACUUCAUGGAAGAAGACACCAGCACAUUAGUACCAGCAUCAAAUGUACUGAGAAUAUAUCCAGACCCUCUCAAGAGCCGGGGAGCUGUUGCUGCUGCCACAGAUACUUCCUUACUCUCUGACAGAUCUCUCAUGAGCCCAGAAACCUCGAUCUACACAACAGCAAGUGCGAGAACACCCCCAAAGUCACCAGAGACGCAGACAGCCAUAGCUUUCAACUUCCAUGAUGCUGGUAUACACAAAUAUAUAGAUGCUGACACUGAUGAUGAAGGUCAGCUGCUUUAUGAUUCAAGUCCACCCGGAAAUGUGAGUCCUAAGUACAAUGUUACAAACAGUGGCUAUCUAAAGCAAAAGGACAAUAUUUAUAGAACAGAGAAGAACCAUCUAGAAGCUGCUGCUUUACCCACAUCCCCUAAGCUGAUAGGGCAAAACUGCAUUUACUCUAUGGAAGGUAUCACUGGAAGAACCCAGGGCAAUCAGGAGACUGUCAGACUAGAAAAUCACAUUUCCCCAGAAGUCCAUGUAUUACCAGGCAGUGGAGGACAUGCUAACACACAUGAUCAAAGCAUCUGAGAUGGGCUCCAAGACAACUUACUGAAAGUUUAAAGGAAUGUCUUUACAGUCAACAUAAAAAAAAAAAGAGCUUCUGCAUGGCAUGAACUUGGCUGAAACAAGCCACCUGUUUCUAAAAGUCUGGGGGAGGUCCAGUGUGGGUUUGUGAAAAUGUCCUUCUCUGAAACAACUCUAAAGACGUUGCCCACAUCAGUCAAAAAUAAGGAUUGCAAAUCAUGAUCACACAUUGAUCUCCUUUCAUGUUGUCCAGUGAAGCCAAUGUGACCAAAUAUCCAUCCAUUCCCCUUGAACGCUAGAGCUCCUUUUGGAAAUAUUAACAUCUGAUUUGCAUUAGUUCCAUAAAGGAUGCCAAGGCAGCCAGAUUUGAACUCUGGAAUAAAUUGCUGGGGUUGGUAUAAAGCUAUCAAAAACACAGUGCUCACUGCUUCAGGGCAGCUGUUCCCCAUCUACAGCUUUCUCUGAUGGAUAUUAUGUCUAAAGGUAACAGGGAACACUUGCAUUAUUGGAAAAUCCAAGUGAAAAACACUUAAAACAAAUAGCAGUCUAGGGAAACCAAUUAUUAAAAUGCUCUGUAUGUGUUUAACAAUACGAUAUCCUGUAGGACCUGACGUUUUCUUUUGAAACAUCAGCAGGGUGAGUUGCACCACUUGUAUCUAAUUCCAAACAUCCCCUAGGACAUAGUGAAACUUGCACUUACCCUCUGCUAAAAAUCGAUACCUGCCCCAGGGCCAGCGCGUGGCCCUCAGGGGACGCACAGCCCACGCUGGGAAGGUGUGAAGGAGCCAUGCAGAAGCAGGACUCUCCGGAGGCAUCGCAGCCAGACCCCCUUCCCGGUACCGGGGAGCGUAGGGCUGGAAGGAGAGCUCAGCUCUCGCCCUACCCUUCCGCAGAAGGGAGCUGCUCGCUGCCCUGCCCCGCGGGGACGGCCGAGCGCGGCGCUGAUGCUGCGGCUGGCCCCUGCGGUAGGUGCCGGGGGUACCGGGACGGCUCCCCGGGCCUCCCCUUCCCGCCCGCACGCCGACUCCAGGCGUCAGCCAAAGUCUCGCCCCCGGCGUAGGAGAGGAACCAGUCGGUGUGAAGCUUUUUGCGCCUGAGCGGCGCAGCGAAAGAUAUGCAAGCGUUACAUAAAUAUGCAAAAAGAGGGAUUCGUUAGCGACCCGCCCCAGGCCUGGCUGUGCUCUCUCUCGCAAGGAGGUCGGGCAGGAGCGGCUCCUGCAGAGUUGCGGUGUGAAGCGGCUGCGAGAGACAGGAGAAUCAGGCCUGAUGUUUUAAUAACAUCCAGUCAUUUUUAAGCGAAACGAGAAAAAAAAAAAAAAAAAAAGAAAAAAAAAGAUCUGACCAUUUUAAAUGAACAGAACUAGCAGCCACCAGCCUAGGUUUUUAAAAUAUUAUUGUUUCAAUAAAGUUACGUCACAUUGUGUAGGAAAUAAUUUGUCUUUGGUUUUUAAUCUUGGGGGGGAAAAGCACUUUACGUUGACUUUUUGUUGUUGUUGUUGUUGCGAUGCUGGAGUAGGAUAGCAGAGUGUAACAAUCAAGCACUUUAACCAAGCACUAUUUUAAUUUGUGCCUCCUGUCGUGACCGUGAUUUGUUACACGCCUGUAGCAAGUCACAACCUGUCCUGUGAUAACUGUGAUGGUAAUCUCUUAUGUUGUUCUCUGUUUCUACUGUAAAACUCAAUUGUAAAUAACUCUGUCAAUGAGCGUUUCCUGGCCUAUUUCUGAGUACCUGCGGGGGCAUGUAACAAUCUGCAUGCAGCAGGUCCAGGGACGUGCUGAGACAUGGGACGCGGGAGCGGAGGUGCACAGGCGGGAAGAAGACCCCGAGCCGCUUGAGUCCGCUGCGUUUUGUUCCUUCCUAUUGUAAAAAAAAAAAAAAAAAAGCUGUUGGUUAGUCCUGAAUGUAAAUGUCUGUCCGUCCAAGCUGUACAGUACUUCUGUCUGUAAUCCGUAAUAGUGAAUGCAGCAUGUACGGACAAAAGCAAUAAGCACAUAUAUGUUUUAGGAACUAUUAUGGGUUACAAUGAUAGCUUUGUUAGGUCUCUCCUUGGCACAAAACUGUACAUGUGUUGGAGUUAACUCUGCUCUGCUCAGCCGACCCCAUCCCCGGGCGGUGGGACGCAGCCCGAGGUACCCGCUCAGAAGUCGCCCUUGCGUCCCAGCAAGGCAAGACCCUGGGGAAGGCACGAGUAAGACCUGAGCCACCACCUCACGAAUUAGCCCGCCGGCAGCGACAGAGACCUCGAGCCAUGCCAAGAGUGAUGCGGGAGGUACACAAAAUAAGUCCAAGGCACCUACGCGUGCAAAUGAUACUCUGCAGAGUAUUUACGCAGGGCCAAUUCCUGAGGUUCGUCGGCUUUUACUCUGCCUUCACUCAGACAAAACCGCCGUUCCUCUGAGUGGGCUCUGCCUGGUGAAGGACUUUAGGAUUUGGCCAUAGUAAAUACAAGUGUACUUAGAGGAACCGAUGUAUUGCUGAGAUACUAGUUAAGAUUGAGUCAUCACAAAAAAGUAAAGUGACUUUCCAGCAGAUAAGCUUUAAAUACCGAUUUAUUCUGUGGCUUUCCGAGGCCACAGAGCGGCAACGAGAAAUCUUAAAGAGAACAGUCUUAACAUAAUCUCUAUGUUUCAGUGAACAUUCAUGUCUGCCAUCAGCACAAAUGUAAAAAGAAGAAAAAUCAGGGAAAAUUUUUUUGAUAAAGUAAGUAAUAGUGAUUUCCAAGUUAAAUAUUUUUAGAGCUGAUGCUUUCAUGUGGAAAAAAAGUCAUAUUUUACAUAUCACUAAAGUGAACGUAUUUAAAUAUAGCCAUAUAGUGUAGUAUUUACCACACUCUCAUCCAAAUUGAUGUAUUUGGUUUAUAGAUGGCACUGACAAAAAUGUAUAGAUCAACAAUUCUGUCAUUUUUUAACUGAUAAUCAACUGGUGCAACUCUCCUUGUAACCAAAGGCCCUCUGUCUGCCUUGUGUGAUCACUCACGACACACACCUUAUGUCAUCUAUUUAGUCCUACCUUUAAAGUAGCAUUUUAUUGAGUCACUUUUGAAAGCCAAAUUCAAAAGUAUCAUUAAAAAUCUACCUUUUAAGUCUGAAUAGCCAAAGUCCUAUAGAUUUCUUAUAGAAAGCAAAUAAUUUAAAAUUAAGCAUAUAAUAUGCUUGAAGAGCAUUUCUUUCUUAUUUGUGUAUGAAGAUGUAGCUCUCAUUUUGUGCCCAGUUAAAAAGGAAAUAUGUUUAAUUUAUUUUAAUGAAAUAAAGUCUGAAUAUGAAGUAUGUAUCUAUAUAUGUGUGUGUGUGCAUAAUACACAUAUAUAUAAUGUAAGCACUGGGAAAUCUACUCUAACAUAAAGCUAUGGUAGACUAAAUCUGUACUCAUUACAAAAGGAAAGGCAGUGCUUUGAAAACGUAAUGCUCACCAAAUCCUAUAGACACAAGAAAGACAAUUUCAUUUUAUAGUUUGUUUGAUACAUGUUUCUCAAAGCUCGUAACAGUUGGGGAAAAUAUGCAAUAUGUCUUGCAUUGAGCUAAAGCGUGAAGUUCAAUCACUGAUAUUUGGCAUUCAGGUCUGCAAAUUUACUGUGCAUCAUGUAUCAAGCAAGCUGACAGAGUUUCACCUGCUGCUGCAGAAGACAUCAUAUCUGAAAGGACUAUGUGUGUGUGAUGUCUGUGCUUGCUUGUAUCUUACGCCAUCAACAUCAUUUUUAAUACAUACAUAUAUAAAUAUUUAUAGAGAGAGAAUAUAUAUAUAUAUAUGCGCGGAAGGAAUGGGUGCAGCUUUCUUAAGCAGGAGGCAAAGAUCCUUUGAGUUUUAGCCUUGAACAGAGGAAAACAGCAGUCACAUUGCAGUAGAUUUCUCAGUGCCUUUUCUUAGAAACUUCACCUAAGCACACUUAUGGGGAAAAAAAAAAAAAAAAAAAAAGAAGCAAAAGAGUCUCCUGUGAAAUCCACAUUUUUCUGAAAAGUUCAAGAGUCAAUAAAGGUAGAAGAAGGAAAAAAAAAAAAAAAAAAGAGGAAAAGAAAACCCGCAGAACGCACAUUCCUUUCCUGAACAUGCUGUGUGUCAAAUGCCGGGGAAUAUCUGUCUGUGCAAGUCACGCAGAAACACAUCUGAGGUGGUCGGUUUCUUUGGCAACUAUGGCUGUGAUAAACUGUAGCCUUUUCUUCCCUUGCAGCUAAUAAGAUACACAUUUCUAAGGAAAACAGUAUUCUCUUCUGUAAAAUUGUAAUGUAUUGUUAAUAUUUGUACCUAUUGUAUAUUUAUGUCUUGACAGAAUUAUGACUGGUACAGUUUAUAGUAAAUAACAAGGGUAUUUAAAACUCAUCGCAAAGGCAAGGUUCUAAAGCCAAGUUCUCUCUCUGUCGGUAAGCUCCACAUAACAUGAUCUCCAAUAGUUUUUAACACCUCAUUUUAAAGCAAAUAGUAGAAUUACUGAAUAAAAAGUAACCAAGUGAUGGAGACCAUGUGGCACUGAUGCCCUCCUACGCAGCUCAGUCAGGAGCAAGAGGGGGAGGUGGGCUUCCCCAGCGACUCCAAAUUAGCUCCAACUUCUUCAUGUCUGGUCAGUCACUUCUGCUUACAGUAAUCAGACUGAACAAGUGUUACCUUAGGUUGCUUUAGGAUCACCCACUUGGGGAGAAUAUGGCUUUAAAUAGUUCUUUAAUAAAGUACAGAUGUUCUAGUUACCUCUGUACCUUCUGUUUGCCAUUGUGUUGGCUUUAUAAGUAUCUGAUGUAUGGAACAGUCAUGUGACUUUCAUGCAUUCCAGAGUAGUCUAUUUUUCUGUUCAGAUUUAAAAAAAAAUUAUAUAUAUAUAAAAAUAUAAAUAUAUAUCUGUAUUUUUAGCAAAUUUAUAAUAGGGCGAUCAAGUCAGAUUUCUUCUUUUUGUAUUACAGAAUAAUAUAUUAGAUGCUUUCUUGGUGUUCAUUUACAUAGCUGACCCCCUAACCUUUUUGUUGUCGUUAUUUUCUUUUGUCCUGAAAAAGACUUGCAACAUCCCUCCUGGAAGUGCGUCUGCGAAAGGUCACUGAGUUUGUCUUAUGUUGUCAUGUUUUCAUAUUUUCCUGUUUGUGGUACGUUAAAAUAACCGGGGGCUGGCUAUGGAAACUAAGAUGUUCCUUCUGAGAAACACAGAGUGGGCCAGAUUCUCAGUUAUGGCAGUGUAAAUGUGAGCAAACACACUGGCCUCAGUGUUAGCUACAGCCUGGACAUCAGUGUUUUCCCAGAUUUACAUCGAUUAAGCUGAGAGCAUAAACAAGAGACGUGAUUUGAAUCUGACUGUCCUAAUAAUUAUGAUGGUGUUUGGAUAAACAUAAAAAUUCAGGUUCUUACUUUAAGGCGGUGACCUGACGAUGCUCAGGCAAAGCUGCCACCUUUGAGGGAGCUUUUCCUGCAUUAAACCAGAAGGGUCAAGACUCAUUUCCCACUGGGUUUUGGAAUUUCUGUUUUCAGUCCCAGACAACAUCAGGAAAGGAGAAAAAACUAUGGGGGGAAUGAAAAAAUAUAGAGAAAGGGAGUGGAUUUGGAUUUGUUUAUGAUAAAGUCCACCCAUGUACCUGCUUACUUAAUGAUCUUUCUUGCUCCUUUAUAGCUGUACCAUGACACAAAUUGAAUAAAAAGUCCAUGAGAUAAAUAUGGAUCCUGAAGCUAUCUCAUGGCCUCUUGAAGUCUAGCAUGAGAAUGAGCUUUGGACCAGCUCUGUAGCUCUGCACAAAUAUUUCCUUUUGAAUCUGCCCAGCAGUCUGGUCAGUGGCCAUGUUUUUUCCAAAAUUGGAGUUUUGGUCUUGUUUCCUUUUGUUUGCUUGUGUGAUUUUCUUAUAUGCCCACCAGACUAGCCAAUAAACCUGAAACAGAAUUAAUGUGGGAAAACAUGUGUUUCAGAAAGUCCAGUUACCACCCAAAUAAACAGAAUACCAGCAGACACAGUUCUGCAUGUGAUUAUGUAUCAGCAAGAUCCAUUUACACACAAAGGUAUUAAAAUGGAAAUUAAAUUAGAGCAAUUAAUGCAAUAGCCUGCUAUAUCUAUCAUCAACAAUCACAUAAAUCCCUUCAAAAGGUACCUUCCAUAUCAGUAAGUUUGUUUGAGCAUUGUCAACAAAACCAUAGAAAGCUUCUAGUCAGUCCAGUCUUAAAUUUGCCCCUGCAGGUAGCCCUCCUACACCGUGACAGAAACAACCCAAAUACUAACCAGCCCUUCAAAGAAGAAAUGUUUAUUUUCCAGCAUGUGUUUCACACCCUCUGCUGAUGAGAUUUAGGCUCUUGCACUGAAACUUUGUCUUGGCCAGACAAAAGGAACCUUAUGAAAACUGAAAGUCUGCAUCCGGGGUGUGUAUCCCCUUUGUUGCUGGUAUUACCGAAGCCACAAAUAAGUGUCCUUUGACACCAAUGGUAGGGUGCCACAAGUGUUCAUAUCUGUAAAUACUACUCAGAAUUUUGCUUUGCUUGAUUCUGGCUUCAUCGCACAAGAACUUUUCAGUCUACAGGCUUAGAAGAGAAAGCUUCAUUUUUCUUUCUAACUAGAAAUAAUACUACUGAUAUUCUGUAGGACUGAACAAGGAUUAACCUUUGACAUUUUUUAAAGGGUCUUUUCAAGGCUGUAGCAACACUACCUUCAAAAAUUAAUAGUCACGCUGGGCUCAGUUCAAAGACCCACCCAGGCUAGAGCCUAGUGGAAGCGAGGGAGCCAAAUUUGCAUGAAAUGCCAAAUUCUUUGCUGCUGUAAGUAAAAGCCCAUUGAGGUCAAUGGAGCUGUGCCCCAUUUAGCCCAGUAAAGAAUUUGGACCCAUAUCUCUAAAAGCUAAUGAAAAACUAAAAGCUCUGUAUGACCUCAGGGAUGGAGGUGUCUGACUACAACACCUACGAGGAAACCAGUGGGGUGAGGGAAUGGGAAACAGACAGGCCAGUGAAAGCCUGAGAAAGGAGGGAAACCUUCAGGCAAGAGGAUGACAAUGACAUCAUCCCAAUCUUGACUGAGCACCUCUUCAAGUUAGCUCACACUUUGCGGGCUUGAUGCCACAAGCAGCAUCCCAGACUCACAGGUGACUGUCCCCACAGCAGGACCACAAACUCAACCACACAGUUCCACAUUCUGAGCCCCCAGUCCAUGGACUUGCUGAUGCUGGGAGGAUACUACCGGCAGAUGGGCCAUCGGUUACCUUUGAUUGUGUCACAACCUCUGGUAAUCUACAUUUAAGAUCAUUUUAGGAUUCAUCUGUUAUUCUUUACUCUCUGUAUUUCAUUUAGGAGCUCUGCCCAUUAUGCCUCUUCUUCCUGUUGUGUUUCGCUGCCUCUAAGUACCACUAGCCACAUGUUGGCUCAUCCAGGCACUGGGAUUCAUUUUAUUUAUAUCAGCUUUGCUGGCUUGUGGCAAAGACAGAGAACAUUUUUUUUUCCUCAUUCUUUCUGGGUUUUUGGUGGUGGGUGCAGAAAAUUGCUUUUGCAUUGAGCCAUUCCCCACUGGUGUGUUUGGGGGGAGCGGCAUCUCCAUGUUAUUUUGAAGCCAUGAUAUUGCAAUCAGAAAGACCAGCCACAGCUACCAACCAAAUUCACUUUCCAACUAGAUUAGCAUUUGAAAAAUACACCCCAAUUUACUGCAGCAGAAUUCUGCUUUUCUAAUCAGGCCAGUGAAACAGUUCCUGAAUGGGGAGAAAACACUUACUGAGGCACUGCUGAAGUGCUGUUUACUAAUGACUCCGUGCCCACGUAAGGAUGCCAGGGCAGUUUAUUGCUGUGCUGCACAUGGCAGCUGCUCAGCAUUUCACAGGGCUGGGGACCAGCCUCAGGUCUUCCUUCUCCCAAAGCACAGGAUGGCUGCUGGGCCUGCAGAGCCGCCCAAGAGCCCCGGGCAAGGGCUUCCCAGUGACCUCUCCAAAGGGCAGCAGUGAGCAUCCACAGUCCUUGAUAAGCAAGUCCCAGAUAAGCAAGCUGUGGUGUUCCCUUUAAAAGAAAAAUGUGAUAUUUAACAACAAAUUAAAACUGGAAAAAUGUACGUUUCCUGUGGCUUUGCUAGUACAUGUAGAUUGAAUUGAUUUUGUAUGUGGAAAUUAAAGCCAACUGUGACCGAGCUUGAGAAAGAGCAAAAUAUGACAGGUUUCUCCAUUGCCUUGCACUUCAGUUAUUUUUUUUAACCUGUGCAAUGGGGAAGCAGUGGGGAAUCCAGUUCAGCGUGUCUGUAAUGAAGGGCAGUGCUUCAUGCCUCUGUCCAACAGCCCAUCAGAUCCUGCACAUCUUGUACAAUCUCUUCAUUGGGUUAUAUUGGAUCGACCCAAGCGGCAAUGCAUCAACAGGUGUUUUCUCCCCUUUUAAGUAAUGUUUCAAUACCCUGACACUUCGGGGUGAUUACAGCAACAUUAGCCAUAUACUAGUGUACUGAGAGUCUUACAUUUUUUGUAACUUUGAUUUAGUCAUUCUUUGUUGAAGUUUAUUGACCUCUCCAAUUGUUUCCGUAAACAAACUAUGAAAAAAAAAAUAAAAAUCAGUGUCUUUAUAUGCAUGUAGUAGUAUGAAACUGUGAUCAAUGUGUGACAUUCAGAAACUGUACUGUCUUGUAAAAUAUGUCCAAAUGUCUAAGGAUUUUAAAGCAAUGGUCCCUUACUACAGACUACAGAAAUAAAUAAAAGGUAUGGAUAAACCAAA